CAUGAUGCCCGCCACACACGCCGUCUCCUUUUCACCUCCUCUCCUGGACCCCUGCCUCUAUCUCUCUCUGUAUCUUUUUUUAUCAUUAAAAAAACCACCCUUCACCUUCUACAAGCAUUCAUAAGGAGCUUCGCACGAUGCCCCCGCUCGCUCUCAGAAUAUCUGCCCCCAACCGGGGAUUCACUCCUUCAACGAGGCGGCACGAUAGGCAGGGGCUUGUCACCGUCGGGUUCCCAAUGCUACUGUUCCUCGCGGUCACACCGGUGGCGUGGCACUGCGUGAGUAAUGGAGCCGACCCUUCUAACGUACCCGAAGGUGUGGCCGGCCCCAUGGCGGAAUCCAUCCAGCCAAAAAAGGGUUGGACACGCAGAGAUGUGUGUCAGGGCCCGCAUAGGUCCAUGGGCAGGCAAGCAGGCGAGACUCGCACAAGGUUGCAAUCUACGGCCUCGCAAAGAGAAAUACAUUUCGCGGGUGUACGCCAGAUUUCGGCGAGACCAAAUUACGGUGUCCGUAUGAUUCUCCUCAGCUUCAAUGUCGCUUCUCGAGACUCACCGCCGGUGAACCCAUCCCCAUACCGGGUCGCAUUCUCAGAAGGAAAGAGUCUGCCGAAAUUGAGACUUAAGACGCCAGAAAUAUUGAUUGUCUGGAUCAGAUGACGGCAUGCCACGACGAGUUCGCAUUUCGACCUCAUCAAUCCAUCACCGAUAUUGCAACCAGCCAAUAACGCAA